AUGAAACAGAGCGGCGCUCAGGUGAUCAGCGUGGGUGUGGGCAAGAUGGACGUGAGCGAGCUACAACUCCUGGCAUCUGACAACAGCCUUGUGUUCCGAGCCAAAAACUUUGACAGUCUGGUCGGAAUGAUGGGCGACAUAUCAACCAAAGCUUGCGAAGUUGGAGGGCCUCAUGUUGGGGGAGGUGGAGGAGGAGGAAGUGGUGGAUGGGGAGGCAGUGGGGGAGGUGGUGGUGGAUGGGGAGGCAGUGGGGGAGGAAAUGGAGGAUGGGGAGGUAGUGGAGGAGGAAAUGGAGGAUGGGGAGGUAGUAUAGGAGUUGGUGGUGGUGGAGGAAAUGGUGGCUGGGGAGGCAAUAUUGGAGGUGGUGGUGGAUGGGGAGCUAUUGGAGGAGGAGGAGGAGGAGGAGGAGGAUGGGGAGGCAAUGUGGGAGGUGGUGGUGGAUGGGGAGGCAGUGGAGGAGGUGGUGGUGGAUGGGGAGCUAUUGGGGGAGGAGGAGCUGGAGGAUGGGGAGGUGUUGGUGGAGGAGCUGGAUGGGGAGGUGCUGGAGGAGGUGGGGGUGUAUGGACAGGGACUGGGGGAGGAGGAGGAGGAUGGGGAGGAACUCACACAGGAGGAGGCUCUACUACCAUCGUCAUUCAGAACAGACCUGUUCACAUCAAACUGGAUGUGGUCUUCUUGAUCGACGGUUCAGCCUCGACGGGCUCCAACAACUUCAUGCGAGAGUUGAACUUUGUGGACACGUUUAUCAGUAGUUUCUACUUCGGCCAGGCUGACAUUCUAGUCAGUGCGGUACAAUACUCCGACAGAAUUGUAAACUUGGUCAACUUUUAUGACAGUAGUGAUCGGGUACACCAGGUCCUGCACACCGCACAAUGCAGCAACGGCUACGGUCAAAGAGUGGACCUGGCUCUGCAGUACGCCUUGACCACCCUGUCCUCCUCUCAUUACGGUGCUCGCCCAGGAGUGCAAAAGCUCGUGAUUUUACUCACAUCAGGACGACCUGGAGGACUGAGUCAGGCGGCCCAGUACGCCAACAACCUGAUCUCUAACGGAGUGAACAUCAUGACCAUUGGCAUUGGUCAAGGCCUGCCCUGGCAACAGCUACAGACUCUGUCCCCCAACCAUAACCUGGUGUUCCAAGUCGGCAGCUACACUCAACUGACCACCAUUAUCAUACGUGUGAUCACAGUAACCAUCCAGGUCUGUGGAGGAUCAAGACCCCCGCCCGGGCCUAUUAUUGACCCAAUUCCAAUCCCAGCUCCUGGACCAGUUCAGUGCAAGAAAAAAAUGGAUCUCCUAUUUAUAAUUGACUCGUCCGGUAGUUUGGGCGCCGACAACUUCAAGAAGGAGCUGCAUUUUGUCGAAGAACUUGUAGGUAGCUUUGAUGUAAGCAGUAGUGAGGUCAGAGUGGCUGCACUGACCUUUUCAAACGACGCCAAUGUCCGGUUCUGCUUUGACAAAUAUAACACUGCUGACCAAGUCAUCCAGGACAUCCAAAACACUCCGUACAUCAGAGGUGUUACCAUGACCCACACUGCCCUGAAAUUAGCCAAGAAUAAGAUGUUCACUUCUGGAUGCGGGGCCAGGCAAGGGGUAGCCAAACUCGCUGUCGUGAUCACGGAUGGAAAGUCGAACUAUCCUAGAGAAACCUCCUCUGAAGCUGCUAAUCUGCACGACACUGGCGUGAAGGUGGUCAGUGUCGGGGUAGGGGCCGGCAUCGACGAGGGAGAGCUGAAGGCCAUCGCGUCCAAGAGUGACUUGGCUUUCUCAGCACCAGACUUCACUGCCCUGGAGAACAUCGAGCAGCAAAUAUCUGCCUCGGCGUGUGGAGCAGUCGAUGGUUAAGAUCGGGACAGCUCAUACUGCAACCAGUGGGGGUGCCAUUCGUAAAAUCCCUGUCCUUCAACAACCUGUGGUUCCAUUUAUAAAAGACCUAUUGUACAUAUAGAAUAAACGGUGGUACCAUUAGUAAAAUACACAUCGUUCAGCAACCAAUGCUACCGAUAGUAAAAGUCAUAUCGUUCAGCAACCAGUUGUGCCCUUUAGUAAAAGACCUAUCUUCCAAGAAAUUGUGCAACCAUUAGUAAAAGACCUAUCGUACGUGUACAACAACCAGCGGUACCAAAAGUAAACGAUUCAUCGUUCAGCAACCAGUGAUACCUUUAGUAAAAGACUCAUGCAACAACAAACAGUGGUACCCUCAGUAAAAGACCUGUCGUUCAGCAAACAGUCGUACCAUUAUUAAAACACCUAUCGUUCAGCACCCAGUGCUACCUCUAGUAAAAGUCUUAUCUUACAAUAAGCAGCUGUACUAUUAGAAAAAAAAAACUUACGGUAUCAUAAAACAAAUUAUGGUGCAGCCAUAGUAGUAGGAGUAGAAAACGGCCUAUCGGCAUGGUGCGAGUCUUGUGUCAUUGCAUACAGAUUCCCAUGUAUUUUCGAAUGGUACAAAUAAAUUAUUAGUUCAGC